AAAAAAGAACGGUGGCAGCAGCUUUUGGAGUCCCUCCCUGCUCAGCUGAGCCCUUUCCUUCCCCUGGCAGCAACCGCUGAGAGAUAAGGGAGCACUGCAGCCCUGGGGAGCUGCACUGCCACCCCCCAUGUGGCGUGAGGUUGUGUCCUCAUGGGUGGGGAUGCUGAGCCGGUGUCUGUGGAAUGGGGAGCUGAGCUGACUCUGCUGGUGGCCUCACACACCACCUUGGCCAGGCAGUAGCUGGGACGUGCAGCCCACCACCAUGGGAAGCAGCAAGAGCAAACCCAAAGACCCCAGCCAGCGCCGGCGCAGCCUGGAGCCACCUGACAGCACCCACCACGGGGGGUUCCCAGCCUCGCAGACCCCCAACAAGACAGCAGCCCCCGACACGCACCGCACCCCCAGCCGCUCCUUCGGGACUGUGGCCACCGAGCCCAAACUCUUCGGGGGCUUCAACACUUCUGACACCGUCACGUCACCGCAGCGAGCUGGGGCGCUGGCUGGCGGUGUCACCACCUUCGUGGCUCUCUAUGACUACGAGUCCCGGACUGAAACAGACUUGUCCUUCAAGAAAGGAGAACGCCUGCAGAUUGUCAACAACACGGAAGGUGACUGGUGGCUGGCUCAUUCCCUCACUACAGGACAGACGGGCUACAUCCCCAGUAACUAUGUCGCGCCCUCAGACUCCAUCCAGGCUGAAGAGUGGUACUUCGGGAAGAUCACUCGUCGGGAGUCCGAGCGGCUGCUGCUCAACCCUGAAAACCCCCGGGGAACCUUCCUGGUCCGGGAGAGCGAGACGACAAAAGGUGCCUAUUGCCUCUCCGUUUCCGACUUCGACAACGCCAAGGGGCUCAAUGUGAAGCACUACAAGAUCCGCAAGCUGGACAGCGGUGGCUUCUACAUCACCUCACGCACACAGUUCGGCAGCCUGCAGCAGCUGGUGGCCUACUACUCCAAACAUGCUGAUGGCUUGUGCCACCGCCUGACCAACGUCUGCCCCACAUCCAAGCCCCAGACCCAAGGACUCGCCAAGGAUGCAUGGGAAAUCCCCCGGGAGUCGCUGCGGCUGGAGGUGAAGUUGGGGCAGGGCUGCUUUGGAGAGGUCUGGAUGGGGACCUGGAAUGGCACCACCAGAGUGGCCAUAAAGACCCUGAAGCCCGGCACCAUGUCCCCGGAGGCCUUCCUACAGGAAGCCCAGGUGAUGAAGAAGCUCCGGCACGAGAAGCUGGUUCAGCUGUAUGCAGUGGUGUCAGAGGAGCCCAUCUACAUCGUCACUGAGUACAUGAGCAAGGGGAGCCUCCUGGACUUCCUGAAGGGAGAGAUGGGCAAGUACCUGCGGCUGCCACAGCUCGUCGAUAUGGCUGCUCAGAUUGCAUCUGGCAUGGCCUAUGUGGAGAGGAUGAACUACGUGCACCGAGACCUGCGGGCAGCCAACAUCCUGGUGGGGGAGAACCUGGUGUGCAAGGUGGCUGACUUCGGGCUGGCACGCCUCAUCGAGGACAAUGAGUACACAGCACGGCAAGGUGCCAAGUUCCCCAUCAAAUGGACGGCCCCCGAGGCGGCCCUGUACGGCCGGUUCACCAUCAAGUCGGAUGUCUGGUCUUUCGGCAUCCUGCUGACUGAGCUGACCACCAAGGGCCGGGUGCCGUACCCAGGGAUGGUCAACAGGGAAGUGCUGGACCAGGUGGAGAGGGGCUACCGCAUGCCCUGCCCGCCCGAGUGCCCCGAGUCACUGCACGACCUCAUGUGCCAGUGCUGGCGGAAGGACCCUGAGGAGAGGCCCACCUUUGAGUACUUGCAGGCCUUCCUGGAGGACUACUUCACCUCGACAGAGCCCCAGUACCAGCCCGGAGAGAACCUAUAGACCUGGAGCUCCUCCUGGCACCAGAGGCCUCGCUGUGGGGCACAGAGGGCCGGCUCCAUGCAGAGGGGCCACGUUCUGGGGAGCAGCCCCAGAGCAGGAUGUGGCAUGGUGAGGUACCGGGUGCCCCAUUGCUCAUUAAAACUGCUGGGCCACACUUAAGGAGGUGGCGAGAGGAGCCCUGGGCACUGCCACCGGUGGAGCUGGGGCUCAGGAUGGUGAGUGGAGCAGCGGGAUGGCUCCUGGCACAGCCACGGCUUUCAGGACCCUCUUCUCACAGCAGCCAGAGAAAUUGAGGAAUAGCCUCUCCCACCUCAGACACACUGCCCCACACCUUCUGCACCCCCCUUUUUUAAAUCAGCACAAAUUUCUUCACCCAUUCAUCCACCCACUUCACUCUGAUCUGCCUGAGGCUGUUUGCAGAGACGUUUGAUGAUGGGGAAGGCACUGCUUUGGAUCGGAUGCAGCUGGAGUGCAGCCCCACGGAGACUGGCCAU